AGGAUGCUAGGCCCCAUUAUUUCUCGCGGACGAUCACUCCGCUGAACCAAAUAGUUAUAUUCGGUUCAUAAGUACAAACGAAUGUUCACAAGUCGGAUAGUUAAAAAUAAUAACAUCUUAAGGUGGUUCGUUCGUAAGUGCAGAUGUUCAUAAGUCGGAAGUUCGAGAAUGCCUAUAUUUGAAAAUAUAAAACGCGUGACUUUACCGAAUAUGACCAAAGAGUAUGAAUAUAAAACGCGUUUUCAGCUACACGUCGGCUUUUAUAUACCUAGAUAACUACAUCAAGGACAUAAUCAUGUUGGAAAGUGUUACAGGAUUAAUACGUAUGGAUUAUGUUUAUAACUCGUCCCCCCCCCCAUCCACGUGUGUUUCCGGUUACAGAAUUGAAUUAAAAACAUGACAACUCUACCAAUUAAUGGAUCUUUCGGAAACGAGACCUCGCUCCCACCAGAGCAGAUCUGGAGCACCACUAAUUAUGUGGUGUACGCUGUGCUGCUGAUCACGUGGUUGCCGUCUUUUGUGAUGUUUGUGCUCAUGGCGUGUCUCUUCGACCGGGUGACUACCUUCAUGGAGAGCACCAAGUACAUCCUCUUCAUGAACUUGAUGACCAGCGACAUGCUCUACGUGUUCAUAUCGGGAAUGAUAAUGACAAUAAGAUUGGAGCGCAUCUCGAUAAUUCGCGUGCUUUGCUGUUUUUUCAUCAACCUGAGUAUGGCGCUUCAUAUCAACAGCACCCUUACCAUCACGGCCAUGGCUCUGGAGCGCUGCUUGGCCAUAUGCCAGCCACUGCGAUACCACCAACUGGCCCACCGACAGUCCGGCCUGCAGGUAGUUGCUGGCGUCUGCUUACUGUCUCUGUCAGUGCCAACCAUCCGUCUUUUCCUUUGUGUAGGCAGUGGCCUGCUCUUCAUGACCCAGCACCAAAUUGUAUGUGAAAUGAACGAGUUGGAUGCAGACAUGCCAUAUGGAAAGGCAGCAACGAUUAUCCGUGACACGUUUUUGUACACGGUAUUUACAUUUUCUGUGUUGUUUGUAGUAAUGUCCUAUGCCAUGACGGCUCGGGCUGCUAAGAGGGCCUCAGAGGGAUAUAGUAGCUUUUCUAAGGCCAGAAAGACCAUAGCCCUGCACGGAAUCCAGCUGGGUCUGUGCCUCCUGCCGGUGGCCAUACCUAUGUUUAACAAGUCGGCAGAGUUAUUGCACCUGCAGGCUGGGGCCACGCUCAUAGUCAGGGUUACAUUCUUCUUAAUUCUGCACGUGAUUCCUCGCUUCAUGAGCCCCUUUUUGUACGGCAGCAGGGAUGAGGAGAUUGUGAAACACGUUCGGAAAUUAUUGUGUGUUCAUUCAAAGAGAGUGAUGCCAUAGUGGUCAUGCUUCCUUAAGAAAAAGGAUCAGCAUUUGUGACGCUCUUAAAUGCCUUAGCAUCUCAACGUUCCAUUAAAUUCGAUACUAUUAUAAACACGAAUUAAUGGAAUUGUCCAAACAUCCCAAUAUAUGGCUUCGGAGCUUUGAAAAAUUGUUAGGCCCGGUUAAAGAUGCCUAUGGUUUCUUGCACUUAUCAAUGUAACAAAAACUGUGUGCAUUACAGAAUUUGCAGAUGUAUUUGUAUUUAUGUUAAUCCUUCCAGUGCUCUGUGGCAGUCGAGCUAACCGAUUCCCAGUAGCAGCCAUCUCUAUACAGCACAAGGUCAAGGUAGCACUAUCAAGAACAUGUACAUUGGUCGUCCAGUAAGAGAGCUCGGUUGAUUUUUUUUGUCGUUUUUUUUCCAAUUCAGUAAGCCUUACUUUAACUAAAUUGAUAUUUUCAGAAAUGUAAGAAUACUUGGCCGCAAUUGUAAGAUACAUUUUUUUUUAUUAAUUCUAUAUUUGUUCAUUAUUUUAUGGUACACUCCAACAAUAAACUUAUCACCCGGCAAUGCAGUUAGGACGUGUCCUUAUUUACGUAACUCAUUGUUGAGAUUGUCCAGGGUAACCCAAUACAUUUUCUAAAAACCAACUCCAUUGAAUCUCACCUCAACCUUCAAGACCUACUGGUGUACAACUAUGUGGGAAUAAAGCUGACAAAAUGGUGUUGGUAGUGAUGCCAGGGACAGUCAGGUGAGUUGCAGCACUUGCACUUUCGCAAUAUCCAACACUCAAUAAAGAACAACACUCAAGGUAUAAAACGUGAUGCAUCAUAGAUUCACACGCACCUCGACUAACAUUGUUUUCUGAAUCACCUACAAAAAGUAUGACUUCUUUUAUAUUGAAAAUACUGCAAUAUUUAUAGGUGUCAAUUGUAUUUACCAUUUUCAAUCAGCAAUCCUCCUGGACCCAUCCAAGUAUAUGGUUUGCCAUUUCAGAAGUAGUAGCUAUGGUCCUCACAACUGAAACCGUGUGGAGAGACUUUCAAUCACGUGCACAUUAAGAAAAGGCAGAACAAGUAUGAUUGAUAGUAGUCAUCAUUGGAACUCUACAGUGUAUAUUUAGGAUCUAAUUAUGAGUGAGGAAAUAAAUGAUAUGAAAAAAAUACACGGUUCAAGCAAAUUCCUUCCUGAUUUGCUGAGGUCAGCACACUAUACAAGGACAA